AAUCCACGGGUGUGAUGGCUGACACUGCCGGUCGUGUCAACAAGCUCAUGUCAGCUGGUCAGUCCUGCCUGGAUCAUCUCACGUUAUUAUGACGGGAAAUUUGCUCAUAUGGGUGCUUUUAGGUGUGUGUGCCGUAUGUGGGGUGCUUGGUGAAGGAGAGGACGAGGUGAAUGUGGGGGUAGAAAGGUACAAGAUAGAAGGUCGAGUGGUGAGGCCAGAUUCUUCCCUCGUCAGCCCAGCAGACUGGUUUGCCAACACUAAAGUUUUCACCAAUGGUGGACAUUUUGGCUUCCUAAGAGAAGAUGGAUCUUUUGUGAUUAACAAUGUUCCAUCAGGCUCCUAUGUAGUUCAAGUCAUGAACCCUACCUAUAUUUAUGAGCCUCUAAGAGUUGACAUAAAUUCAAAGGGAAAAAUAAGAGCUCGUGCUGUCAACCACAUUCAGCCAUCAAAUGUUAUACAGAUGCCUCACCCGCUGCGUAUGAAGUCUGUUGGACCAUAUCGGUAUUUUCUGCAAAGAGAGCAAUGGCGCUUGACUGAUACUCUCAUGAACCCUAUGGUACUGAUGACUGUUCUACCAUUGGCACUGAUGAUGAUUCUGCCAAGGCUCAACGACCCAGAAACACGCAAAGAAAUGGAACAAAUUCAAAUGCCAAAGAUGGAUACUCCCGAACUCUCAGAAAUAAUGACUUCAUUCUUUGGUGGUGGAAGCACCAGUACCCAGUGCCAGGGUAACCAACCUAAAACAAGAUCGCGUCCAAAUAAACGUAAGGAUAAAUCAUAGUAAGAAUAGAAAAAAAAAAUUAUUUGCAAAGCUUAUUGAGCUAAUUACAAAAACUUAAUUAUGUGAAUAAUUCAGUAGAAACUAGAAGUUUUAGACUAUUUAACCUCGUGUAUUGCACCAUGAAAUUUUAAUACUUAUUACAAAAUAUAAAGUUUGAAAUGUAUAAUAGUUAUUACUGAGUUAGUCUACAAAGUCCUGGAAAUAAUGUAAAUAACUCACAGAAGGGGCAGGAUUUGAACCUAUGGCAAGCCAGUCCUAAUACAUACUAGCAGGCCAGUGUUGUUAUGAUUUUGCGAGUCAUUAAUGUAAUUAUCUUACUUUACUGUGCUUGAUAUUUAUUUGCUAUUUUGGGUACUGUACUAUUUUGUUUCACAUUAAAAUAUAUAGAAAUAAGUGUUUUAUAUGUGAGAUACAGGUUGAAAAUAAGAUAUAAAUGUUAGACAUGAAGUUUCAUUAAACCUUUAGGCAUUUUACUUUAUGCUAGAUCAUUUGAUAUCCGAAUAUUUGUACAGUUGAAUACUGUAAGUUACUUUUCUUAAGGGGAAAAUGUAUGGUGUUCUGAAAAUUAUUUACAGCCCUGAAUGUAUGUAAAUCCCAUGGAAUUAAGUUUUUAUCAUGUUAUGUUAUAUUUAAGGUAUAUUAUGACUUUUGUAAUUUGACAUGGCCAAGUUUUUAAGAAAAUAUUCUAAAGAAAAUAACAAAACAUAUUGAAAGAUAAGUACUGUAUAGUAGUUUGAUUAUUUGUGUAUGAAAUUUUAAUGUGUACAAUAUAACUCUUGAUGUUGCCUUGUUGUUUGUUAGACUUUGCAUAUUCCUGACUGGAAUUUUUUGUGUAGAAUAUUCCAAUAUAUUACGGUAUUGUCUAGAACAUAGUAAUAAUUCUUUGAGAACAUACAAUCUUGCGAGACUAUACAAACAUAAUACUGAACAUAAAAAAUUCAACAACUGUUUUUCACAUUUAUGUUAGAUGUGUUAUAAAACUUGUAAAAUUCUUCAUUAAAAAUGUAACUGCCUUGUUAUUCUUUAUUGCUGCCACUUGAAAUUUAUGCAUAAGUAUCUUAUGAAUAAUACAAUAAUUAAUACAAUACUGUACUUGUGCAUCAUUUAACUAUAGUGUUUAUUUUUAAGCACUGUCUUCCACAAUUGGAGAUGUAAGGCCUGACAAUGCAGUAAUUGUAUUUCCUCUGAUUUAGCAUAUUUGCACUGUAUAAGAAAAACUUUCUCCAUCCUUGUUUCCUCCUUUAAGAAUGAGAUAAUUUAUGUAUUUUUCCUAUUAAUAAUGUCAUAUGAUCAACAUUGUAGCACCUAGAGAAUGAUAGGUAUUCAGAUUAAAUCCAAGGAAGGUAAGAUAAGUUCAGAUCCUUGGAUCAAGAGCCUCUCCUUAGCAUCAAGGCACCUUCCUUGAGGGGACACAGCUUAAGAUAUUUAAUCCAGGGCUGUUGAAUGGGUUGACUCGUAAGCACCUCAUUUUCGCUCUUAAACUUGGUCUGACUCUUCUCCAUUAAAAAAGCCAGUUAUAGAAAUGAGAAUGUAAAUGCCCUGCAUGAGUGAAAUGUAGAGUGGAGGUGGUAUGACCAACUUGGGCAAAAUUUGAAAGUAGUAAAGUUAAGAGAGGGUGCAAAGCAUAGAUUAAUGGGAAGACAUCCAGAAUCAAUGAGAGGACAGAAAAGGCUAGGAAUUUAUGUUUAGACAGGUCUUAAUGAUGAAAAAGAGUUUCACAACAAAAAUUUAAGCCAAAUCCAUUUUUCCCAGAGAUUUCCAUUAAUAUAAUCUCAUUUUUUCCUGAAAAAAAAAUUGAAGUACAGCAUGCUUUUCCUGUUUAACUGUAUGACCCUUGUGGGUUUAGUGCUUAGGUUUGAUUGUAAUAAUUUUCUUGUUUAAAUGCCAUUUUUAUGGAAGCUCUGCAUUUCACCAAGUGCCUCGUGCCCCUGUGAAACUUGGUACUGUAGGUAGUCUUGAUGGUCUUAACAUCCUUAGGUUGAUUAACUCGUUUACCAGAGAUCACCGAGUGAUGUUUCUUUCUUUUGAUGUACUGACAGCCUUCCUCUUGAUGCAGAGCAUGGCUUUUUAUCUAUGAUUUAUAAUACUUCACUGAUUUUGAAUAUCAUAUUCUGCCUUUAUGCUCACCCUCAGUACUUCAACUUUUUCACAAAUGUAUUGUCUUGAAAAAAUAUAUAAUUAUUAUUAC